AUGCAUUCUGCCAUCUUGGUCGCGGCUUUCGCAGCUUACACUUGUGCUCAAAACCUCGAUGCCGAUGCUAUCGCCCAAGCCGACCCCAUUCCUACACCUGAGAUUCCCGUUGUCUAUUCCACCAGUUUCGACUAUGCCCUUCCUACCGCAACUUUCAUUGCCGAGACCGUCGCCUAUGACGCCUCCGCCGCUGCAGCAUCAGCAUCUGCAGAGGUCGCAGCCGAUGCAAAGGAAGCCCAGUCCACUGAUGUGAUCUCCAGACGCGACGUCACAACCUCUUGCGCGGGCCUCCAGGUGUCAAUCUAUUCUACGUCCAAGAAUUCGUAUAAUGUCAAUUGUGGUGUUGAUUACAGUGGUUACGACCUUGCAGCAGUCUCGGGCUCGUCAUUUGCCAACUGUUUUGACAAGUGCGAUGGCUACCCGGGAUGUGUCAGCUUCUCUUUCGUCGGAGGUACCUGCUACCUCAAGAGACGAGGCGCUGUUGCAAAGACCAACGCCGGUGUUGACGGAGGAGCUUUGGUGGUGGUGCCGAGUUCCACUCUCGCUCCCAGUCUCUGUGCUGCUCAACCCACCGGUAUCGCUCACACGUCGACUCCAGACAGUGACACCGGCUUUCUUGCAGACCCAUACUAUCCGAGUGCCGCUUCGGCAGCCCCGCGUCCCACAGGAUAUACCCAAGCUUUCGAGAACCUGCAGGCAUCCAACAAUGCGCUUGGCUACCUUGGAUAUAGCUUGAUGAGCUCUUAUGAUCCCUCGAUUUGUGCUGGCCGCUGCGACAAUGUCAAUGGGUGUCAAGCCAUAAACAUUUACUUCGAAAGGGAUCCUUCCGGUAAGAACACUCCGGGCACGCCGCAGAGACAUGCUAAUGCUCCCNNAGUCGAUCCAAACUAUUCUGAAUGCUCAAAUCCACCCUCAUACACGCAGAUCAAGUGUGUGUACUGGGGCGGUCCCGUCGCACAAAGCAACGCCUUGAACUUUGGACAGUACCGCAACAAUUUCCAUGUGGUCAUAGCUGGUAGCAAUGGUUAUGUCAAUCAAUCGAUCGACACACCCGACGGCUAUACUGCUCCUACAUACCUCGGUAACUCAGUCAUCAAUGCACCAACCACUGAUUGCGCGGGCUACAACAACUCGCUCGCUGGCAUACUCUGGUCGACCGGGCCUUUCGAUGCCAAGCGCUGUGCGGCUGCAUGCUCUGCUUACAACGGCAACCCACCUGCAAGUGGUGUGGCCCAGACUUACCAGUUCUUCAACACUUACGUACUCAAAGGCAAUGGAAAAGAUGCUGGACAGUACUGUGCUCUGUACCAACAGAGCUUCCCUUCUUCGACUUCGACCAGCUCGAGUGUCGUCAUUGACGGGGUCACAUACACUUAUGGCUAUUCUUACACCUUCACUAACACUACCUCGGCGGGUGGUCCUGCUAUUCCUUGUGCGGUUGCCUCGGCCUCAAGGAUCAUUGACUCAUCUUCCCUUCAACCAUUCUGUUCCACGCUGCUAGGUUACAAUGCACCUACCUCGACGGCCACCGUGGUUGUCAGCCCAACAAGCACCGUCCUAUCCACCAUCGUUCCUGCCGCAAGCUCUGUCGUCAGAACUUCGAUCGUCACCACCUUCGUCUCCACUUCGACACGUGUGCCUGCGAAGCGUGCAGACCAGCUGCAAACACCAGCAGCUCUUUCUACCUUCUCUGCUCCAGUCGUUGCCUCAGCCUGCAGUCUUCAGGCCUCAAAGGCUACCAAUAUCGUCAUCACGACGACCACCUCUACUGCAUCGAUCGCCUUGUUUACCAGCCUGACCACCGCCGCCGCAUCCACAACCACCAUUACUGUGACCAGCACAACCAGAGCAACCACCACAACCAAUCUCUAUGGCUGCACCGCACCCGCCACCUGUAACACAGCCGGACCGAUGCCGACAUAUGACUGCAGCAGCUCAGGUAACCAGAACGUAUGCGCCUGCGGCACGGACAAGGAAGGCGUCAAUGUCUGCUAUGUUGUUGACAAUUGCACCAAGCUUUGCGACAAGACUGCCGAUUGCAAUACCGGAAACAACAGCGGUGAAGUCUGUGUGUUCAACACUUGCUGCAACAACAACGGUUCGAAUAGUGCAGGCAAGGGCAACUGUAUGCCUGCCAGCUCUACCUGCAUGAAUCCCGCUACGCCGCACAGAAUGUUCAAGCGUGGGGCGAGGAAGUCUGGAAGUGCGGUUAAGAGACAGGAUAUCACUGCCGAUGAUUGUACGGCUCUGUCUUGCCCUGGUACUUGGGUGGAUGAGACUACUGGUGUUGUUGUGCAGGGUAUUGAUGCACCUCUUUGA